AGGCGCGAGCUGCUGCUUCAGUGUAGCGCUGAGAUCUGAGCGGAGCUGUCCGCGAGCGCGGUGCUGAAACCUGCACCUGCCGUCCAGCUCAGGAACCGGACCUACAUACAUACCUAUAUACCUACAUACCUACCGACCUGCCGCCCCGCUUCAGGAGGAAUACACCGACCCGCGCGCGACCUCAACUUCGCCUGAGGGAUUUGUGCGUCACGAGGACGAGUUGGGACUAAAAGAAGCGGAGCAGGUUCAGCGCGCGCCGCUCAGCCGCUCGCACUGCCGGUCUGAAGUGACAGUGUUGUUACUGGGCUUUUAUUGGAGUAACUCUGUUGGGAUUAUCAGUCUGAAUGACCUGCAGCCGGAAUCACAGGAGAGAGCCAAUGAGGGUCUCGGGAUGGUGGUGGGUGGCCGCCCUGGUCUUUGGCGGCGUCCUGGGGGCGGAGUCUCGGCCCAACGCGGACGGAAUGGCUCCUCCGGCCUAUCGACCGCUCGUUAGAUUCCGUCACAAGCAGGACGGGAUCCCGGAGAGUUUGCGGAUUAAGGGCUUUUUCAACCACAAUGGCUACCCAAACCCCUGUGAGCACAAGUACUGUGGUUUGGGAAAGCACUGUGUGGUGGACCACGAGACCGGCCAGGGACAGUGCCAGUGUCUGGAGCACUGCAAACCGCACUACAAGCCCGUAUGUGGGUCGGACGGCAAACUCUACCAGAACCACUGUGAGCUGCACAGGGCCUCCUGCCUGGCUCACCAGAGGAUCACCAUUGUGCACAGUGAAGAGUGCUUCUACAAAGAUGAUAACUGCCGGCUGGGUGAUUACAAGAAGCUGAAGAGCAAGGUCUUGGAGCUUCAUGGUCAGAGGUAUCUGGCACCAGGUGGUCUGGACAGCUAUGAAAAGGACAUGACCUCCAGGAAGCACCUGGCGGACCUGAUGUUCAAGCGCUUUGAUGCGGACGGGAGUGGACGGGUUGACAGCAGUGAGCUUUCACAGGUCAUUAAGCAAGAGGGUUUGAGCAAGACAGCUUCAGAGUGCACUCUGUUCGACCUGCUGAAAUACAACGACGCCAACGACGACGAGCACCUGACGAAGGACGAGUUCUACACUGCUUUCGAGGUGUAUCAGCUGAGUCUGGAUGAGGAGCAGAAAGUGAGCAUCACCACGGUAACAGUGGGCCAGAGCGUGGUGUUGACAUGCGGCAUCACAGGAGAGCAGCGGCCGCCAAUCAUCUGGAGACGCAACAACCACGCCCUCAACACCCUACAACUGGAGGACAUCAACAUCCCGUCACAGGAUUUCGGAGAUGACGGAAGUCUGUACAUCACCAAGGUGACCACCACGCACAUGGGCAACUACACCUGCCAUGCUGACGGCUACGAGCAGCUUUUCCAGACGCACACCCUGCAGGUUAAUGUUCCACCUGUAAUCCGGGUGUAUCCCGAGAGCCAGGCGAGGGAACCUGGGGUCACCGCCAGCUUGAGAUGUCACGCUGAGGGCAUCCCUGACCCACAACUGUCCUGGUUGAAGAAUGGCAUGGAUAUCGCCACCAAGCUCUCCAAGCAGCUCACACUGCAAGCGAACGGAAGCGAGGUGCACAUCAGCAACGUUCACUUCGAGGACACCGGCGCCUACACCUGCAUCGCCCGUAACGAGGCCGGCGUGGAUGAGGACAUCUCCUCGCUUUUUGUGGAAGAUUCUGCCCGGAAGACACUGGCGAACAUCCUCUGGAGAGAAGAAGGUCUGGGGAUCGGUAAUAUGUUCUACGUUUUUUACGAGGACGGCAUCAAAGUCAUCCAGCCGGUGGCCUGCGAGAUCCAGCGGCACAUCAAACCCAGCGAGAAGCUCCUGGGCCUGCAGGAGGAGGUGUGCCCGAAAGUGGAGGGGGAGGACAUACAGAAGUGCGUGUGGACGUCGGCGGUGAACGUGAAGGAUAGGUUCAUCUACGCCACCCAGCCGCUGCUGAACAGAGUGCUGAUUGUAGACAUCCAGUCUCAGAAAGCUGUUCAAACCGUGAAUACUGACCGGGUUCCAGUGAAGCUCCAUUACGAUAAGUCACAUGACCAGGUGUGGAUUCUGAGCUGGGGGGAUCUGGAAAAGAACUUCCCGACUCUUCAGGUCAUCAACCAGGCCAGUGGCAGCGCAUCCCACCACACCAUCCACACUCAGCCGGUGGGCCGUCGCUUCGACAGGGUAGACGACUUCUUCAUCCCCCCCUCCAGCCUCAUCAUCAAUCACAUCAGGUUCGGAAUCAUCCUCCAUAAGAAUGAGCCAGCCCUGCAUAAGAUAGACCUGGAGACCACCUCCUACGUGAAGAACAUCAGUCUGCGGGAGUACGACUGCAUCCCUCAGUCGCUGGCCUACACUCACCUGGGGGGCUACUACUUCGUCAACUGCAGGCCGGACUCGACGGGAGCGGUGCGUCCCCAGGUGAUCGUGGACAGCGUGACGGACGGCGUGAUCGGCACUAACGGGGACGUGAGCGGCACUCCCUACGUCUCGCCCGACGGACAUUACCUGGUCAGCGUGGACGACCGGGACGGGCUGAUGCGCCUGCAGUCCAUUUCCGUCCGGGGGCAAAUCGGGCAACCCUUCAACAUCCACACCAACCUGCAUCUCUCCGACCUGGCCUUCAUGCCCUCCUUCACCGAGGUCAACCAGUACAAUGUGUUCGGCAGCUCGGGCCAGCAGACGGACGCUCUGUACGUGGAGCUCAGCACCGGCACCGUCAAAAUGAUCAAGAGCCUCAAACAGCCCACGUCGGCCACCCAGUGGCGCUGGAACCGGCAGAACCGCGUCAUGACCGGCAGCGGCCUGUUCGGACAGUACCUCAUGACUCCUUCCCAGAGUUCUCUGUUCAUCCUGGACGGACGCCUGGACAAGCUCAACUGUGAAAUCACUGACGUACCCAUGGGGAAUACUGUAGUGUGGGUGGGCGAGGCCUAGGGGCACCAGGAACAAAACAGAAAAAGGCUUUGCGGAAGAAAAAGCAAAACAAGUACAAUUGCACUGAAUUUGGUCUGUGUUUAAUUUAUUGAGAGGAAAUCUCAAGUGAUCCUACGAGAAAAAUACCAAAUUGACUGUUCGAAAAACACACUGUAUCAGUUCCAGAGAACUUUAAUCAGAAGUAGAGCGGCGGGGUAGAUAGCGGAGGGAUAUGCUUCUUUUUGUAUGCACUGGGUAGGUUUCCAGGUGAUAUAGCUACUAACUAUUAGUCACUCCACUGUUAGGUCAACUUAUCCCUAUAGCAUCCUAUAGGGGGAUUUCUUAGUAUGAUGUCAUUCCCUUAUGACACCGGUUACGAAAGGUUAGAAACAAAUGUACAAAAUGUAAUAAAAUUGAACUGUAGCCUGAUUAAAUGAAAUAAUUUAAGACAUUGGUAGGGACAGCAAAUUUAACUUGAAUCAAGGGACGGGACAAAAUAAAACUUAAAUAUGAAAGAACAAAAAUAUAUAUGGCUGUAUGGCUACUCGAAUCAUCUCCGUACAUUGAAUUCUCUAUUUCUCUCCCCCUUUCAGUCAUCUAUUCGACAUUCACAUAGACAUUCGGGCCCACAGUUAAUUCCUGUGCCUUGAAGGAACACUCACUUUCUCAAAAAUAGGAGAAAAAGGGGGAAAAUAUACGAACAAAAAAUAGUCCUUCUCUUUGCGACUGUGGAUAAAACUGUGGAUAAAACGCUCUUUCAUGACCUCCGUGAAGGAGAGCAUGGAGAAACCAUGGAGAACCACUUCUUCACCUGUUAAAUUCCACCACUGUUUAUACAUUUCAAGUCCAUUUUAGAUGAAUUCAAGUGGCCCCUCAUUGUUAAAAUUGAUUAAACCACAAGAAGGCGACUUUAAAUCGCUCUUUAAAUUGUUACAAAUUCAAAACGCGUAGGGUUUUCCUUCCGAACAACCAAUGAUACGGUCAAUUUCAGGUUCAGGAUGACUCAGAAAAGUAAGAUAUAAGAUACACGAUAUAAAAUACAAGAAGUAGGCGUGCAGGCAGUAGAUCGUUGGUCAGAUGUUCGAAAGUACAGGCUCUUCAUAGAAGAGACGAGACAAAAGAGAUUAGGCGUACUCCACAGUAGAACGUAAAGGCUUUAGGUGAGUUCAGGGUCGGGAGAAAACAUGACAUUGCUAUUGUGCUUGCUGGGGACUCGAGGGCUGGCUUUCAGUAAAUCAUACAGUGUGUAUCGGUGUGUGGUGUGGUGUUAGACCAAGCUUUGUACAUGGCGAGGCUUAUAUAACCGGAGAUCUUUAAUUUGACAGGUCCAGAGUCACAAUGCUACAUGAGGUCCCCAACUCAGCAUGAGCAACAGAGGAACCUUCUUAGUGUAAAUGGAAGCACAAUCACUCGUGCACGUUGCGUUGAACCUUUGAAUCCUCGAUGGCCAGAUUCUAUGCAUUUUCACCGAUGCUCAAACCUACUGCUCGGGUUUGAGCUGUUUUGUCACAUGGUUUUGGUUUUUGCCUUUGGUUUUGGCUUUGGGCUUGGUUUGGUUCUGGUUUUGAGUCUGCUUCAGCAAUUAGAACAUUUUCCAGCGCGAUUCUCCAUUGAAACAAUUUUGUAUUAAAUUUGUGUGUUUUAAAGGACACCAUUUAAAGAGAACCAUUUUAGAUUUUUUAAAUUGUAUUUUUUUUUAUCCCAUCUUUCAUUGUACACCCAGAGAACCCACUCACUCACUCACUCGCUUCAUUCCAUUGUUGUUCUGCUGUUCUGUACAUAGCAGAAGGGUGUAAGCUCACAGUAGAUUUCCCUCCAAUUUCUUCAAAAGUCGUCAAAAAUCUUCAAAAGCUUUGACUGUAGUUGAGUUACCCGCUUCUCUUUCUCUCUCUCUUUCUUUUAUUUUUUUUCUAAAGCAAGAACCAGCUGCACUGUUCCAGACAUUUUGAUGUCACAUCAUCCAGAUCAUCCCUGAGAUUUCAUCAGACCCAUGUAGCCAUGUAUGUUGACUCGUGUGCUUGUUAUUUAUGUAGAGAAAUCAUGCUUGACAUUUUACCAGUUAAAUAAAGCUUAUACCUUUGAAAAAUCA